AUGGGGACCCCGCGAGUGCCUGCGCGGACCGUGCUGUUCCAGAGCGAGAGGAGCGGCCUGACCUACCGCGUGCCCGCGCUGCUGCCCGUGCCUCCCGGGCCCACCCUGCUGGCCUUCGCGGAACAGCGGCUCAGCCCCGACGACGCGCACGCCCACCGCCUGGUGCAGAGGCGCGGGACGCUGGCCGGGGGCUCCGUGCGGUGGGGCGCCGCGCUGGUGCUCGGCACCGCGGCCCUGGAGCAGCACCGGUCCAUGAACCCCUGCCCCGUGUACGACGCGCGCACCGGCACCGUCUUCCUCUUCUUCGUGGCCGUGCGCGGCCAAACCCCCGAGGCUGCGCAGAUCGCCGCGGGCAGGAACGCCGCGCGCCUCUGCUGCGUGACGAGCCGCGACGCGGGGCGCACGUGGAGCGGUGCGCGGGACCUCACGGCGGAGGCCGUGGGCGCUGCGGAGCGAGACUGGGCCACGUUUGCCGUGGGCCCCGGCCACGGCGUCCAGCUGCCCUCGGGCCGCCUGCUGGUGCCGGCCUACACCUACCGCGUGGACCGGCGCGAGUGCUUCGGCAAGAUCUGCAGGACCAGCCCCCACGCCUUCGCCUUCUACAGUGACGACCACGGCCAGACCUGGCGCCACGGCGGCCUCGUGUCCAACCUGCGCUCGGGCGAGUGCCAGCUGGCCGUGGUGGGCGGCGGGAGGGCUGGCGGCGUCCUCUACUGCAACGCCCGGAGCCCCCUGGGCAGCCGCGUGCAGGCCCUCAGCACAGACGAGGGCACCUCCUUCCUGCCGGGGGAGCUGGUGCCCACCCUGGCUGAGACUGCCCGGGGCUGCCAGGGCAGCAUCCUGGGCUUCCCAGCCCCGGCCUCCAGCAGGACCGGCGAUGAGGGGUGGUCGGUGGUCUCCAGGAAGACCCCCUUUGCUCUGAGCCUGUGUCCUGGAGCCCGGGAGUCCCCAGAGGAGGGCUCUGGGGACACCCAAGGGGGUGGGGGGCUGGGCAAGACAGACGGAUGCUGGGAUGGUCCAGGGGACCCUGGCCACAGGGAGCCUAGCGCCGGGCCUGGGUUCCGUGCGGACAGGAGGGGCUGGGCCCCACAGCUCCCCAGACCCCCUGCCGCCCCGACUCAGAGCCCCACGUGGCUGCUGUAUUCCCACCCGGUGGGGCGCAGGGCACGGCUCCAUAUGGGCGUCCAUCUGAACAGGUCCCCCCUGGACCCCCACGGCUGGACGGAGCCCUGGGUGAUCUACCAGGGCCCCAGCGGCUACUCUGACCUGGCGUUCAUCGGGCCGAGCCCCGAGGGCGCCCUGACGUUCGCCUGUGUGUACGAGAGCGGGGUCAGGGUGUCCUACGAGGAAAUCGCCUUCUGCACGUUCUCUCUGCGCCAGGUCCUGCAGAACCUGCUUCCAGGCCCCGAGCCGCGCGGCCUGCGGGGCGAGCCCCGGGCCCGGUGCUGGCCCUCCUGA